GGCCCUGAGGGAGGGGCGGGCCGGUGGUGCGAGAGUCCCGGGCCCGCGCCCCGCCGCCGGCCGGCCGGUCGGUCAUGCUCAUCACGCUGUGCUACCUGUACCUGUGGGCGCGCUGGGGGCGCCGGCCGGCCGCGCUCGUGCGCGCCACGGUGCAGCGGCUGCGCGCCUCGCGCUGCUCCUUCACCUUUUGCGGCGCGGCCGUACAGCCCAGGGGCGCUCGCGUGUGCUUGAGCCGCGGCGGCCGCGUCUUCUGCGUCGGCGAGAGCGAGUUUCCAAUCUGGACUCAUUUACUUAAAAUAGAUCCCUUUAGAUUAAGGAUUUUGGACAUUCAAAAAUAUCGAGAUUCCAUUGAUGACUUGAACAAAUGGGCCCUGUUUCUUGUUUCUCCUUUUAUACUCGAGGCAGAACACAUAGCAUUUGUGACUGAGAGCAUCUGGGUGCAAGGUGAGACUUUACAGAGACCAUCUUCCUCUUCAGAAAGUAUCGUGAAGUGGUCCGACUGUUGUUUGCCAUUAGCUUGCAGACCUGGGGAUCCUUACCAAUUAAUCGCUGAAGCAAGUGUGGACAACUUCAGCAAGCUGGGGGUGGCGUUCAUGGAAGAUAGACUCCAGAUGGCUGAUGGACUGGUACCCCAAAAGAUCGUUUCAGUGCACUUGCAGGACUCCACUCUGAAGGCACUUAAGGAUCAGGCCUCAAACAAGCAAGCCCAGAUCCUACAGCAGAAUCCUGAACCUUCCGUUGAGAGUAAGCCUGAGCCAGACGUUAUGGAGCACGUUGGUGGAGAUGACCUCAAGGUCCUUGGUGCACAACCCACAGAAGGGAAAGAUGGUACCUCUGGCCGCGAGCCUGCUGGGGAGGGUGACGUAGGAGUGGGCUCCAUCGAGCACUGUCACCUCCAUCUGUCUAGUUGCCAUGAGUGUUUGGAGCUUGAGAAUAGCACCAUUGAAUCUGUCAAGUUUGCAUCUGCGGAGAAAAUUCCAGAUCUCCCGUAUGAUCACAAUGGCACUUUGGAGGAUGUUGCUGAUGACAUCUGCCUGGAGAGAGAAGGGAGGAAAGUCAACAUCACGGGGAGGGCACCCAAUAUCCUCUUCUACACGGGUUCUGCUUCCCAGGAAUCCCUGGGCAGGUUCCAGGAGGUCCGGUCCGUUCUGGCUGACUGUGUGGACACCGAGAGCUAUACACUGUACCCCCUGUCAAGGGAAAGUGCUCUCAGAGACCCGUGGUCGGACAACUGUCUGUUGUUGGUCAUUGCCACCAGGGAGGCGAUUCCUGAAGACCUUUCCCAGAAAUUCAUGGCCUACCUUUCUCAGGGGGGGAAAGUGUUGGGCCUGUGUUCGCCCUUCACGCUUGCUGGCUUUCAGGUGACGAGCAAGAGUGUGCUGCGGGAGACAGUCCAGAACUUGGUUUUCUCCAAGGCUGACCAGACCCACGUGAAGCUCAGUGUCCUGAGCAGUGGCUAUGUUUAUGAGGAGGGCCCUGGGGGACAGCUCAGCCUGGGCAAGCUCCAGGGUCACCUGGAGAAUGAGGACAAGGACAGGCUGAUAGUGCAAGUGCCUUUUGGACCACGUGGAGGAGAAGCUGUUCUUUGCCAGGCGCACUUAGAACUACCUCCCAGCUCUUCAGUGGUGCAAGCCCAGGAAGAUUUUGAUCUGCUCAAAUCAAGCAAUACGAGAAGAUACGAAGUCCUUAGGGAGAUCCUGACAACGCUCGGCCUGAACUGUGACCUAAAACGAGCUCCUGCCUUAACGCCUCUGUACUUACUGCCUGCUGCUGAGGAAAUCUGGGAUCCUCUUAUGCAGUGGCUGGGGAAGCAUGUGGAUCCUGAAGGAGUAAUCAAGUCCAGCAAGCUCUCCCUUAAGUUUCUUUCAUCCUACACGUCCAACAUAGAAAUCACCCCAUCUGCUCUACCCGUGGUGACUGAUGUGGAGUCCUUCUUAUCAGAGAAUUUUAACUUAGAGAUCUACCGACAAAAUCUGCAGACAAAGCGACUUGGAAAAGUAAUUCUGUUUGCCGAAGUGACGCCCACCACGAUGAACCUUCUGGACGGGUUGAUGUUUGAGAUCCCGCAGGAAAUGGGGUUAAUAGCCAUCGCAGUCCGCCAAACACAGGGCAAAGGGCGGGGAUCGAAUGCUUGGCUGAGCCCCAUGGGAUGCGCCGUGUCCACCCUGCUCGUCUCCAUCCCGCUGAGGUCCCAGCUGGGACAGAGGAUCCCAUUUGUCCAGCAUCUGAUGUCCCUGGCCGUUGUGGAGGCGGUAAGGUCCAUUCCUGAGUACCAGGAUAUCAACUUACGAGUGAAGUGGCCCAAUGAUAUUUAUUACAGUGACUUCAUGAAGCUUGGUGGAGUUCUGGUUAACUCAACGCUUUUGGGAGAAACAUUUUAUAUACUUAUUGGCUGUGGAUUUAACGUGAGUAACAGUAACCCCACCAUAUGCAUCAAUGAUCUCGUCACAGAAUACAAUAAGCAACACAGGGCAGAGCUGAAGCCCUUCAGGACCGAUGAUCUCAUCGCCAGAACUGUGACCGUGCUGGAGAAACUGAUCGACACGUUUCAGGACAAAGGGCCCAAUGGCAUUCUUCCCCUUUAUUAUAAGUAUUGGGUACACAGUGGCCAGCGGGUCCGCCUGGGAGGCCUCGAGGGCCCGGAGGUGUGGAUAGUCGGCCUGGAUGACUCUGGGUUCCUUCAGGUUCAGCAGGAGGACGGUGAGAUCGUGACGGUGCAUCCAGACGGCAACUCCUUCGACAUGCUAAGAAACCUCAUCAUCCCCAAACAGCAGUAGCCCGAGCCUGGGGUCACUGUCCUGGCCGCUGGGCAGUGGGAGGGCGGGCAGAGCCACUGCAUCGAACAUUCCGGUUCAAUUUCUGCUGCCUUUCCUAGCCCGAGGAGCUGGAAAACGGAUUUAGAGUUGUAGGCGGAUUUUUUUUCUCCCUCCAAUUAACCUCCUUAAUUCCUUAAUUUUGUUCUGUCUGUUGCCAUUUGACUUGGUGUCAGAAGAUGUUCUGGGGGGUAGCAGAAGAUCUAGUUCAGAUAAAGCACUACCACAGGUGUGAUAUCUUUCUCCCCUCUUGGGCUUGGAUGUAUGUUUAUUGGCCCAGAAGAAAAACACAAAAAACACAAAAGUUUUUAUUUGGAAACAGCAGUGGAAUAAUUCAGAUGUUUCCCCAGUAGCAGAGACCUUCACUCCCAGACUAUUAAAAAAAUAAAUCAAAAAAAGCUUCCAGGCCCAGACCAGCAACGAGGUAGAGGGUUGGUAACACUGUUUACGAGCAUCCAGGGAGGUGUUUUGCUAGAGGAACACUGGGAGUUCGUUGUUUUAUUUAUUUAUUUUUUGUCCAUAAGGAAAGAGAAGGUAGAUUUCUGAGGGCUACUCUGGACCCACUGGUUUGUGGUCCAGUCACAGUGCCUAAGUGGCUGCAGAGAUGGGUGUCACUGGCAGGCUGCAGUGACCUUGGAGAGGAAAUCAGUUGCUUGCUUGGACAUUAAUGUAUGAGCCCUCUUUUCAUAAAUUUGAAUUUACUGCAUAUCCUGAAGUGAUGGGAUCAAGUUCAAGAGCCUUAAAGUGUUGAUUAGGCCGCGUGUGAAUGUGGGGUGGAUGACGGGGCCCUAACAGCUGGAGACGAAGACGCAUUCAUACCACACACAAGGGAGGCUUUGGGGCUUUUAAGCCAGUUGUAGGUUCACUUUGAAAUGUGGUGCAUUCCUGAAAGGUGCACAGAGAACAGAAGUACAUGGCGUUUUAUUUGUAAGCCGUAAUUUUUACCCCUCUUUUCCUAAAUUGCUAAGAAAGGAAAUACAACUGAUACUGAGCGCCCAUCAUCUAAGAGGGAGGGAGGGAGGGAGGGGGUGUGUGUGUGUGUGUGUGUGUACGCACGCGCACGUGCGUGUGUGAGAAGCUUUAAAAGAAGAUGUUCAAGAUCUGAUGCCCUAAAAGUCUCCAUGGAAGAACAAAAGAAAGGAAACCUUUUGAUAUACAUUUGUGAUUUCCAGAUGUACUCCAUGCUCUUUCCAUGUAACUCCUAUCUCUGUUGAACUUGUGAAUCACACGCAUUACUUUUCAGCCUUAAAAGGCCAGUUUUUGUCCACUUUUCUCUCUUCCUGCCAGUCCCAACUGAAAUUAGUGGAAAGAAAACUUGAUGGAGCUCUCAGCAUUGAACAGAAUCCCUUUAUUAUACACUAGCACUAUCUUUAUCCAGCUUUACUUAGGCUAAUUCCAAAAACCUGCGGUUUUCAGUAUAAAAUGUGUCCACCUUUAGCCAGGCACAGCCAGCACCAUAGGAAGGGGGGAAAAAUAGCAUGUUUAGUUAAGUACAACAACCCAAUGUGUGUUUUUGGAACUGUAACUUUUAAAAGAACUUCAGAAGUAACUUUUGCAAAUAAGGCUUCAAUUAGAAUUUUGUCAAAAAAAAAAAAAAAUGCUUCUCUCCUAAGUGUCUAAGUCUUCUUUUGGAAUUAGUGACAGGUUUAAAUAAAAGUCCACACCGCCCCAAAAUCACCAGAUGAACUCACCCUUGAGAGGGCAUCUGCAAAAUAUCAUCAAGAGGAAAGAUCUCCCCGCUGAUGCUGCGAGUUUCAUUUCUCAAACUUUGUAAUAUAAGGCAAGUCCUCUCUCAGAGCUGCCAUUGUUACUGUUUGAAUUUCUUUGGGGGGUUCUUUAAUGAAAAACAUGCUACGUUUUGUUUUUAGCUGAAGUCCUAUUCUAGAUAGUUCUGCUUUGGGGGGAAAAAUGUUAUCAUUUCAUUUCCUUUCUGUAAAUUAAAACUAAUGAAGUGUGGCCAUGUCAGCGCAGAUGGAGAUGUUCCGGGCAUAGACCACUUUGCCUCUGUGCUUUUAAGACUGUUCCUUCUCGUGUCGUCACCCAGUCGCCUUGAGGGACACGAAGUAGACUUGAAGCAGAUGCUACGUUUUCCGUAAACCCGAUUUUGCCUCAGAUGAACCAAAGACUUUUGAAAUUCUGCUUCAUAUAGAAGAGCUGAAUAAAAGCAUUUUACUUGUAGCUAUUAGCGUUAGGGAAAUUAUUUACUUGCUACGCGACACUCAUGGAUUUGAGGUCGUUUUGUGCACCUGACGAUCUCUGAUCUCAAGGAGCUUUAAAGUCUUAACGGAAACUUUGCAUUUUCUUCAUAAUCUUGAAAACAUGGUAACUGAACUCAGGAUUGGCGUGGGCUUUCCGGGCGUUUGAUUGGCCCCCGCGUGUGGAGGCUGCACAUUGAUUGGCCCCCGCGUGUGGAGGCUGCGCAUUGAUUGGCCCCCGCGUGUGGAGGCUGCUCAUUGAUUGGCCCCCACGUGUAGAGGCUGCGCAUUGAGCAUGUUACCUGGUUUUGUGAAAGACCAGACCGCCUCUCUUCCGGGCUGGUGGCAGAUUUCCGAGGAAGCCGUGGAAAAGCACCCCCGAAUGUGCACAAGGAAGUUUUCCCUAGGACUCGUGGCCCCCGCCGAAGCAGCACCCCUUGAUGUUGGGCCUCCUGGCAGCAUUCAGGGGGUGCGGGCAAAAAGUCCAAGGAUUCGUGUCUGGUCUCAAACACUCCGUGGGGGUCGCUACCGCAGACUUGGCCCGAUGUGGGAAUGAGUGGGCCGAUGAGGGGUGUGUGAUGGGUGGGUGCACAGGCCCAGGUGAGGGUAGUAUGCAGCCUCCAGUCCCCGAGUCCCCCACGUACACCCACGGGGCUGGCCUCUGUGGUUCCCCCUGCCCUUGACCUGGGAAGCGGGAGACAAGCCAGCCUCACCCAGCAGUUUCAGGAUGUAGCAGGGAGACAUUUUCAGCUUGCAUUCUGGAAGCUCUGUUUGCUCCUAACGGGCAGAAAAUGGAGAAUCCUUAUUCCUGCAUAAUUACUAUGCACAUCAAAAAUGUUUAAAAGCGUACACCUUCCCAUUUUUACCUUUUCAAAGAAUCAUCUCUGAAAAGUAAUUACUUUAAACCAAUGCCUAUAAAAAUCGAGUCUUACCAAAAUAAACUUUCAGGUUUUCUGUACA